AUGAAGAACUUGUUCAGACGCAAGAAGCGUGAAGGUGAAUUGUCCACCGCCGUGGAUGAAAAGCUGCGCGUGGGAGGCACGGUAGUUCAUGGCAUGAAGAAUACGGACUACGAUAGCAUCAAGCCGAUUCUUAUGCUUCUAGAUGCACAAGAGCGGAAAACCUAUAUGAGUUGCGAUGAGGGGAUCGAAUGUAGGCUAGGGUCUAACAUGCAUCAAGUCGCUUCGCUGGUUCUCACGGGCACUGAGUUAAGGGUCAGAGUAUUGGAUCCGAGCAGCGAAUAUGACAUAAUCAGCGUGGUCGGCAUGCAGGAUUUAUAUGCUGUCUUAUUAUCUCCGUCCGCAGGCAACGAGUGGCGUUUCAACGAUGAGCUAGCCUUGAUCAUACAUGAUCCCGUUGCCAUGUCGAGAUUGGAACGGGCAAUCGCUCUUUUGCAUUUCGAAAAAUGGUCGCUAUACAAAUCGCUCACAGCCACCCUCCUUUCGACUGUAGGGUUACAGCUUCCAGAUAUACACCUUGUUUUAAAGAGAGUACAUGUCUUCGAGGAUUGGUGCCACAUCUAUGUUGGUGGUGAGUGGGUGAAAGUGUGGAUGCACAUCGACGGCAGCCCUAAACACAAGCUGAAGUCGAUGCCACUUGGUAUUAAGUUCUUCAAAGACAACAAGGUCCUGAAUAAGAAAAACCUGGUCUGUUACAUUACUGCAUCGGAACUCGUAGAAGAGGCGUUCUUUGUUCCACAUUCCGGUAGCACCCUGGCCACAGACGCGUCCGCGCUAAAGGUUGAUACCAUAACGUCUUUCCUGGCGCAGUUGGACACCAUUAGGUACAUGGGCCCUGUGUGCUGGCCCGCCGAUCGUCAAGAUGUAAAGUCUCAAUCAUCCACACACUCAACCACAUCCUCUCAGAAGGCCCCAGAAGCAACGAAUGCAGGUCACUCACGUUCCUUUUCUGUGCUUUCGGGGCAGUCGCAGUCGGAUGUAGACCCUGCGCUGGACACUCUGCGGCUUGGCGGCCUCCUCAUCAGGCCAAUCCCCCAUGCUGGUAUCCACCACCUGGAAAGCUUGGUCAGAUUCAUCAUCCCGUUCUACGACUCCCUAAAUCUGUACGGCAGGCCCAAGAGGUUUAACGUCGACCACAUGGAUCCCGAAUCGCUGCUGUUUGCGCUGCCCAAGUUGCCCGCCAUCGACUAUCUCACGCCCGAGGAGUUCGAACUCUUCCUCCACGAGCCCUUCGACCGGCAGAACGCCUGGGCCCAGCUCAAGGCAUUUGUCGCAACCAGCAUAAGGCAUCCAGCACGCACCCGCAUGCAGCCUACGUCGAUCUCCGCGGUCCUCGAUCUACAGCAUAUCUACCCGUCGCCCACCGGCGCGCCGAUGAAGAUGCCCGCAGUGGAGCCGGCCGCCCAUUCCGCCUGA